AUGGCGUCUAUACACAAUUUUUCGAAUAUAGAUAAACUAAAUGACAAUGAUUAUGGUUUUAGGGAAAGUGCAUAUGAAAAGUAUUCUCGUGUACAACGAUUUAUGGUCAGUCGUUAAUGGAAGUGAAGUGAAAACGAAACAAAACGAGGUAAAAUGGACAAGGAAAGAUGCAUUAAUUAAUAUAAGUUAUAUAAUUAUAGUAUAAUUAAUAUAACACAAGAUCAACUCAUUUAUGUAAAAAAGGCUAAUACAUCAAAAGAGGCAUGGGAGAAAUUAGAAAAUGGGUUUGAGUCAAAAGGUCCCAUGAGAAGAACGAUGCUAAUGAAAGAGUUGGUUCGUAUGCAGAAACAAACGAAUACAAGCAUGACGUAA